AUGGCUGUUGCUGCCAGCGAGGGCGCAGUCCUGGUGACUCUCAAGUACUUGUAUCCGGCUGUUGUCUUCAUCUACUUCCUGGCCUCGUCCCUCCUGGCCACUUGCACUCUACAGGCUCUGAAAAAGACCCAAAAUGCGCAGCCGGAUCGUCCCGGCCGACGGGCCGUCGUCUAUAUACUUGGAUUCUUUCUUUCGACGUACGGGGCCCAACUCAUCAUACUCGGCACGCAGUCGAUAAUCGAAAGGACUGCUCCCCUUGAACACCAGGUCAUCAACUACUUGUCGUGCACACUCGUCUUCGGCAUUCUGUGCACUCAACUCAUUGAGUCGGACAAUGUCGUAUGGUAUCCAUUCCGUGGAUCAUGGUUCAUCGCGCUACCCUUUGAGCUUGCCAUUGCCAUCUUGACGGCCGAAACACAACCACUUCUGUCUCCUGAUAAUGAGGCUCAAGCAACCGCUGGGAAGCCCGCCAACGGCUCCAGCUACGGGUCGACAGCGCAAAGCGAAACCGCUUCUGACAACACUGAGGAGUUCAACUGGGAAAGAAGAGAAAGAGAAGCUCGAGAGGAAAUGGCCAAGAGACUCGAAGAAAACGGGAACUGGUUUGAAUAUGCCAAAGGCUUCAAGAUUCUGUUCCCGCACAUUUGGCCUAUGGGAAACCCCAGCCUACAGCUGCGAGCAGCGGCCGUCAUGGUCUGCCUGCUGGUUUCGAACGCGCUGCAUCUGCUUAUUCCCCGGCAAACGGGCAUAAUCAUGGACACACUCAGUGGUGAGAAAUCCGGCAAUCCAUGGACAGCCGUCAUCACAUUCGCGCUUCUCCGACUGGUGGCUUCAGAGUCUGGUAUCGAGCUUAUCCGCCAGUGGUUGUGGAUACCUGUCAAAUACUACUCACGGGAUGCCUUGUCUCGGGCUUCUUAUUCACAUGUCAUGAACCUAUCUGCUGAUUUCCAUGACUCCAAAAGCUCAUCAGACAUGCUAGUGGCUAUCCAAGGCGGCAGCGCUAUCUCGAGCGCAAUUGAAAGCGUACUGCUUCAGGCAGUCCCUAUGCUGGUCGACAUGUGUGUUGCCGUCGUCUACCUCUCCAUCACAUUCGGCCCAUACGAAGGCUUGAUAACAGUGGCUACCGGGAUCGUAUUUAUAACACUUGCCACCCGCCUCGUAGCUGACUCCAAAUCGUCUAGCCGCAAACGCACAAAUGCUUGGUACCAAGAGCAUUACAUUCGUACCUCUGGAUUGACUGCAUGGCCGACCGUCAGCGCCUUUAACCAGAUCGGCUAUGAGGACAACAGACACGCUAAUGCAGUGACGACUCGAUGGCUUAAUGAGCAGCAAUAUCUCAUGAGUUGGCAUGUGUCAAUUGCGUUUCAAACCAUCGUUCUCAUUACAGGCCUCAUGGCAAGUGCAUUUCUCGCCGUCUACCGUAUUCACAGUGGGCAAGCAUCAGCGGGACAGUUUGCAAUGCUUCUCAUGUAUUGGACUCAACUCACUGCGCCACUGCAGUUUUUCGCCUCCCUUGGUAAGAGCAUGAGCGAUGACUUCAUUGACGCGGAACGUCUCUUGGCUGUUAUGAAGACGAAGCCUUCGAUUGAGAAUAAAAAGGGCGCACGACCUCUCAAGUUUGUCCGGGGGGAGGUUGAUUUCGAUGACAUUUGCUUUAGCUAUGAUAAGCAGAAGAACAUUAUCAACGAAAUCAGCCUACACGUUCCGGCGGGAACGACAGUUGCCUUUGUGGGGACAACUGGAGCGGGCAAAUCGACACUGCUCAAACUUCUUCACAGGUUCUACGAUGUCACAUCGGGCAGCAUCCGAAUAGAUGGCCAAGACAUUCGCGAUGUUGACCUCUAUAGCCUCCGUGAUCGCAUUGGCAUCGUCCCUCAAGCUCCAAUUCUUUUCGAUGACACCGUUGUGAACAACGUACGCUACAGUAGAAUCACCGCAAGCGACGACGAAGUGUUUGAAGCGUGCAAAGCUGCUAGUAUCCAUGAUAAGAUUUUGAGUUUCACAAACGGCUAUGAAACGCGGGUUGGUGAGCGCGGAGUUAAAAUUUCUGGUGGAGAGCUUCAACGUGUAGCGAUUGCCCGGGCGAUCUUGAAGCAACCUGACAUUGUUCUUUUAGACGAGGCUACAAGCUCUGUUGAUACCGAUACUGAGCAGCAGAUUCAGGCCUCGCUCAAGAACCUCUCCUUGUAUUUACUAAUGAAUUGUUGUGCGCCCAGUCAUCGACUUUCUACCGUUAUGAACGCAGAUCGUAUCGUAGUUGUAGAACACGGUAAGAUCAUCGAGCAAGGUACUCAUAAUGAGCUCAUUGCCAAGGCCGGUCGAUAUGCGGAUCUGUGGUCAAAGCAAACAUUCGUGAAACCUCAGGAUAGCAACGACGCAGCCAAAGUGCUCGAUGAUGCAAACACUCUUGCCAACGAUUCUUGCUCCGAGAGAACCACCACUGAGACGGACAAGCCACAAGACGAAAACGGUCAGGCCAACGCGACACAAGAAAGCGAUGGCAAAUUAGCAACAGGAAAGAGGUGUCAGAAGGAGGGGUCCCGAUUGAAUCCUGUGGCCCCUGAGUUUACACCUCGGUCAAUGGCGGCAACAGCAACGAACUCUGGACCCAAACCGGCAUCUGAAGCUCAACCGACUACAUCUUCAGCCAUUGGCAAGACUGGGACUUGGGCAGUCACCGGCCACCCCAGCAAACUCCGGUGGUCCGAUGAGGUGUCAAUUAUGGACGAACGUGGGAUGAGCAGUACACCCAAGAGCCUUUCGACUGAGUCAAGCCGCCGAUUCGAGGCAAAAGGCAAUUCCAUCACAGAGGCCACAGAUAUCCCUCCCAAGAUUAGCAAUGUGGUUUUCAUGCGACCGCGCUACUCUCGUCGCGUCCAGUCAAAGAGCGAGCCC